AUGAACUUUCUCGCCGCCUGCUGGGACGCUGCGGCCAAACGCGUCGAGGUCAUGAAGACGACGCGGAAAUGCCGCGCGCUGCUGUCGGUGGCCCUGAACCUGGUGGCCCUGUUCUUCUCCACCACCGCCUUCAUCACCACGUACUGGUGCGAGGGCACCCAGCGCGUUCCCAAGCCAAACUGCAGCCAGCAGCGGCGCCACAACUGCAUCGACUACGGUGUGAACGAGACGGACCAGAACAAGGUGCACUACAGCUGGGAGACCGGGGACGACCGCUUCCUCUUCCGCCGCUUCCACACCGGCAUCUGGUACUCGUGCGAGGAGAACAUCCACGAGGCAGGUGAGAAGUGUCGGAGCUUCAUCGAUCUGGCUCCUGCGUCGGAGAGAGGUGUGUUGUGGUUGUCGGUGGUAUCAGAGGUACUCUACAUCCUGCUCCUGGUGGUCGGCUUCAGUCUGAUGUGCAUGGAGCUGUUCCACUCCAGCAACGUCAUCGACGGACUCAAGCUCAAUGCCUUCGCAGCCGUCUUCACCGUGCUGUCCGGUCUUCUGGGUAUGGUGGCCCAUAUGAUGUACACUCAGGUGUUCCAGAUCACAGUCAGUCUGGGUCCUGAAGACUGGAGGCCUCACAGCUGGGACUACGGCUGGUCCUUCUGCAUGGCCUGGGGUUCCUUUACCUGCUGCAUGGCUGCCUCCGUCACUACCCUCAACUCCUACACCAAGACGGUGAUUGAGUUCAGACACAAGAGGAAGCUGUUCGAGCAGGGCCUGCGCGAGGAGCAGAACUACCUGGACCAGGAGGCUUUCCACUACUUUCGGGACCGCUCCCUCCAGUCCAUCUCCAGCACUGUGGAUGUCUACCCUGGACACAGUGGAGCCAGAGGUGGGAUCCUCGUUGGUGGUCCAGGUCCGGGACCAGGUCCGGGACCAGGUCCAGGUCCUGGCCCAGGACGGGGCAAAAUGAGAGCUUCAUCGGCCUCCAUAGACCUGGGGGAGAACACAGACUCUCUGGGGGAGGAGCAGUGCUGA